AAUUGUUGUAGCUAGGUAGGACCAAACAAAACCAAAGGGAUAUAUACUAACGUACGCCACAGGGACCGUUAGCUGUGCGGCGCCAAUAUUCGUUGGUGUUGGUGCUCUCUCUCUCUCUCUUCUGUGUCUUUCCUUUGAUAUUUUUUAACUCCUUAACUUAUUAUAACCCCCACAAACAAACUCAACCUUUUUUUGAACUCACUAACACAAGCACACUGAUCCUAGCUUGGCCCUCUAUUCUGUGUCUCUCUCGCAAAAAUGGAUAAUGGUUGUUUCUCUUCCCCAAGACGUGAUUUUCCUGCUGGUCUGAGAGUUCUAGUUGUGGAUGAUGAUCCAACGUGGCUCAAGAUCCUUGAGAAGAUGCUCAAAAAGUGCAAUUAUGAAGUGACUACAUGUUGUUUAGCAAGGCAUGCUCUAAGCUUGCUUCGUGAAAGGAAGGAUGGAUAUGAUAUAGUGAUCAGCGAUGUAAACAUGCCCGACAUGGAUGGUUUUAAACUUCUUGAGCAUGUUGGGCUUGAGAUGGAUCUUCCUGUCAUUAUGAUGUCUGUGGAUGGGGAAACAAGCAGGGUGAUGAAAGGUGUUCAACAUGGAGCCUGUGAUUAUCUCCUUAAGCCUAUAAGGAUGAAAGAACUGAGAAACAUAUGGCAGCAUGUCUUAAGAAAAAGGAUACAUGAGGCCAAAGAAUUUGAAAGUUUUGAGAGUUUUGAGAGCAUUCACUUGAUGAGAAAUGGAUCAGAGCUAUCAGAUGAUGGGAACCUGUUUGCGGUAGAAGAUGUUACCUCAACAAAGAAAAGAAAAGAUGCAGAUAACAAACACGAUGACAAAGAAUGUUUGGAUCCAUCAUCCACCAAGAAAGCUAGAGUAGUCUGGUCUGUGGAUCUUCAUCAGAAGUUUGUUAAAGCGGUGAAUCAGAUUGGAUUUGAUAACAUCUUAUAUCUUUCACGCACACAAAAAAUUGUAACAAAUCAUAUUUGUUUGGCAGAAGUGGGGCCGAAGAAAAUACUAGAUCUGAUGAAUGUCCCAUGGCUGACUAGAGAGAACGUUGCUAGCCACUUGCAGAAAUACAGGCUUUAUUUGAGUAGGAUUCAGAAAGAAAACGAUCAGAGAUCUUCCUCAAGUGGAUUGAAGCAUUCAGAUUUUCCUUUAAAAGAUAUGAGAAGUUUUGGUUUUCAGAACUCAGUAAACAACCAGCAACAAAACGAUGUUGCCAUUGACAGCUACAAUCAUUCGGAUGGAUCAUUACAACUUCAGAAUGUGGAAACUAAAAGUCACGAAGCGGAUCCCAAGGGAAUUGUUUCACAGUCCACCAUAGCGAAAAAAGGAAGGAUUUUGACUGGUAACAUUGCUGACACAAAUAUGAGAGAGAGUUUAAGGGUUGGCCUUAAUCAAACUUUUGCCCCUCUGGAGUCAGAAGAAAACCAUGCAGUAUUUGAUUGUUCCAUGCCAACACCAUACACUUGGACUGAAGUUCCACACAUGCAACUCAAAGAAGAACACAAGUCAAUUGUUCAUUUAGAAGAUAGCUUCAAUCAGUUGCCAUUACAUGGUAAGCAGCAGCAACACAUCCAAGUGGAUCAAUCACAAUCAGUUGCUUCAAUUAGUUCCGCUCCCUUGAUAACGGAGGAAGAGGUUGCUGCUUGUAAAGAGCCAAAACCUUUGUUUGCAGAUUACAAGAAUGAUUAUGCCAAUUCUGUGAGUUCAAUAGGGAAUGCAGUUGGCACCUUUCCUAUUCAACCAGGAAGUCUUAUUAUGAAUGGUCAAUCUUCAGAACCCAUUUCCACCACAAAUUCUGGAUUGAAAACACAGGGAUAUAAUAAUCUCAGUAGCAUUUCUGAUCUGGAAAUUUACCAAAGCAACCUUCUUUUGGGAGGUGAGGUAGCUUCUGCACCAUCAUUGGAUGAGGACUUGCAUUUCUAUUGGCUACAAGGUGAAUGCUAUAAUAAUAUGAACUUCAGUCUGCAGAAUAUAGGAAUGUCUGAAUAUUAUGAUCCAGGACUUAUUUCAGAAGCUCCAACACACUUAUAUGAUUCAGCUGAUUACUCAGUUAUAGAUCAAGGUCUAUUCAUAGCAUGAUCUGCUUUGCCUUUCCUGCAUCUUCAACAAAAAUCAAAAUUUACUCAUGAAAGGACAAUUUAGUGUUUCUUGUAGCUAACUACAUCUUUAUUGGAGAAUUUCAACCUCAAGGGUUGGGGUAUUCUUUUUUCCAAUCAUCGAGGAUUUAGAUAUAUAUUGCAGUAUGUAUAAAAAUGGGUGCUGACAAGUAUUGAGCUUACUUAAUAAGCUUGUUUCCUUCUUA